AUUUGGGUUUCUUUAGUCACAUCAGUUUAGUGAUUGAAUUGAACACACGUGAGAAUGCGUCUGUUAGUCGCGAGUGUCGUCUGUGUGCUGCUGGCGCUGAACUUUCCAGGUAUCGUCUCCAAACUUGAAGACAACAUCACUGAGUGUGGAGAUUUCUUUUUUCAAGCGCAGUCUCCAGUUCUUCCUGGCAUUCUGGAGAAUUCAGUCACACAGGAUAAUCGUUACAAAAUAAUCUGUCAGAAAUAUAAGAACAAGAUCAGGUUUGCUACACUUUAUGACACAACAAACAGGAUUCCUGUCUUCUCUGCCUACAAAUACACCGGGACAGAUGAGUCUGUGAGACCAGAAAUUCCACGAAUUUGGAUGACUGAGUUGCAGCUUGAACAACAUUCAGAUGCUGAAAUGCAUUACCCGUUUCUCUAUCAGGCUAGAAAUGAAGACUACUGGAUAAAAGAUAAAGGUACUAAAAAUGAAUGUACCCACGGUACCUUGUUUUCUAUGAAGCACAUAGCUGAUCUAGAAACUGCAGAAUCUACAUUUACUCUGACCAACACUGUGCCCGAGAUAGUUGGGUUCAGGGAAAGAACUUUGACUCUGGCAAAUGCAUUUAAGGAUUUUAUGCACCAUAACUGUCUUGAUAACAAUAACAAGAUUGCUGCCUAUGUGCUGACAGGAGCCAUACCUAGUAAAGCUACAUGGAAUAAAAGAGUGAACAUUCCAUCAUUCAUGUGGACGGUGUUUUGCUGCUACAACAGUUCAACAAAUUCAAUGAUCUCUCAGACUUAUCGGGAUGAAAACAAAAAAGAUAGCAAUAACACAGUGACCAUCAAGGACCUAAAGAGUUUAGAGGAUUUCUUACAAAAAUACAUGCCGAAUGGAGUUAGGCCAAUGCUGUUUAAUAACAACUGUGAGUAAAUUUGAAAAACAUCUUCAAGCAGAGAAGAUCAGAUGCUUGGAAAUGCAUCCACUCCAAUAGUCAUCUCCUACACCGGUCCCUCUCCAGUCAUCUCUCUGAAGUCGAGGCAUGUGCACAUCUGCUUAAGUCAGCCCUGCGUCCACGAUCUCCAUCACCUGCAAUAGUGGUUAAAGGGACAGUUCACCCAAAAAUGAAAAUUAUGUCAUCAUUUACUCACUUUAAUUUCAUACCUGUGUACAUGACUUUCUUCUGAUGAACACAGAGAAAGAUAUUUGUAAGAAUGUGAGCAAUUUCCAGUUCUGUGACAUCAUUGAGAGGUAAAAUUGAAUGGUAGUCAAAGGUGCCCCAGAACUCUUAAUUCUUAGUCCUAAAGUCCUAAAUUCUUCAAAAUAUCUA